AUGGAGACUCUAGGGCCCGUUGGCGGAAAGCAUCUUCGUCAGUUGCUAGACGACGACCUUUCCAAGUCAGAGGGUAGCAGCAGCGAAGGGGAAAAAAAAGAUGAUGAUGACGAUAGCGGCGGUGGAGAGCUCUCGCGCUGCUGCGACACAGACCGACCAAAACGGGCAUAUCCCCUCAUCAUCAAGGCGUCCAACGCAGAAUACAUCACCGUACACGACUACGUCUCGGUGCUGCACCCGUGGCUGAUGGGGUUACGGCAGGACAUUGCGCAAGCUGACAACCUAAUGGGCGAGAGGACACCAGAGGAGUCUGAGAGUCUGGUGGUGGACAUCACCACCCUGGACUAUCUGAGAAUUAUGAACGAGAAGCGGUUUCUUCGUUCCAGAUACACUGGUCCCCCCAUCCCGCUUCCGGACAUGAGCCAGGAGUACCAGGACUGGCCUUCGAAAUAUGUAUUCAGGGAGGACGUUCCGUUUUCGACUAAAAGGCCGCCACCCCCGCCAUAA